AGCGGCAUCAUCCUCAUUUCAGUUCAUGUGAAUCCUCGUUUUGGAUCUGUCAACGUCUUUGUUCAUCAAUCCAAUGUGUAAAGAUAUGCAGGGGGGACCCACGAAGUCGCGAGUACAUUGUUUGUCGUUAUUCGUCAGCAUUUGAAGAUACGUUUACCGUCUGUAUGAGAGAUUUUUUCCCCCGUUGAAUGUAGACUGGCCUUGAAUCACUAGACGGGUGAAAAGAGGCAGCAAACCGGCGGGAGCAAAGCCGCGUUUGACAGGUGCCAUCGCUCGAGCUCUGUGUGGAGAGAUGCCGCCCGUGCAGAAAACGAUGUCUGAUCUUCGCUCCCGAGUGGAGGGGUACGAAAAGACAGAGGACACGGCAACCUCCGCAAAGACUUCUUUAGCUGACCAAGAAGAUGCACGACUGAUAUUCCUCAAUCAGCCACAGUUCACCAAGUUCUGCAGCAAUCACGUCAGCACUGCAAAGUAUAAUGUCCUCACCUUCCUACCUCGGUUCCUCUACUCUCAGUUCAGAAGGGCUGCCAACUCCUUCUUCCUCUUCAUUGCUCUCCUGCAGCAAAUUCCGGAUGUGUCGCCCACGGGUCGCUGGACAACUCUGGUGCCGCUCCUCUUCAUCCUGGUGGUGGCAGCAGUCAAGGAGUUCAUUGAGGAUCUGAAACGUCACAACGCUGACAGUGUUGUCAACAAGAAGGAAUGUCAAGUGCUGAGGAAUGGUGCCUGGGAGAUCGUGCACUGGGCCAAGGUGGGCGUUGGGGAGGUAGUGAAAGCGGCCAAUGGGGAUCACCUCCCGGCCGACCUUGUCAUUCUGUCUUCCAGUGAGCCCCAAGGCAUGUGCUACAUUGAGACGUCAAACUUGGAUGGAGAAACAAACCUCAAAAUCCGACAGGGACUACAAAUCACCUCGGAGAUCAAGGACAUUGACAGCCUGAUGCGUCUCUCUGGGCGCAUGGAGUGCGAGAGCCCCAACCGCCAUCUCUAUGAGUUUGUGGGGAACAUCCGUCUGGACGGACACAGCACCAUGCCUCUGGGUCCGGACCAGAUUCUGCUGCGAGGUGCCCAGCUGAGGAACACCCAGUGGGUCCAUGGCGUCGUGGUCUACACUGGACACGACACCAAGCUCAUGCAGAAUUCCACACGGCCGCCUUUGAAGCUGUCCAAUGUGGAGCGCAUCACAAACUUCCAGAUUCUACUGCUGUUCGGCUGUCUACUGGCCAUCUCUCUGGUUUGUUCAAUCGGACAGACCAUCUGGAAGUACCAGUACGGCAAUGCAGCCUGGUACAUGGACUUGAACUCUCCAGAUGGUGGUGCCGCAAACUUUGGCCUCAACUUCCUCACCUUCAUCAUUCUCUUCAACAACCUGAUCCCCAUCAGUCUGCUGGUGACUCUGGAGGUCAUCAAGUUCACACAGGCCUUCUUCAUCAACUGGGAUACAGACAUGCUCUAUGAGCCCACUAACACCCCAGCCGUGGCUCGCACUUCCAACCUGAAUGAAGAACUAGGACAGGUGAAAUACAUCUUCUCCGACAAGACGGGGACUCUGACCUGCAACGUGAUGCAGUUCAAGAAGUGCACCGUCGCCGGCGUGGCCUACGGUCACAUACCCGAGGCUGAGGAUGGUAGUUUUGCUGAGGAUGACUGCCACAGCACACAGUCGUCUGAGGAGGCCGGAUUUAAUGACCCCAGCUUGCUGGAAAACCUCCAAAGUAAUCACCCCACUGCUCCUGUCAUCCUGGACUUCAUGACCAUGUUGGCCAUCUGUCACACGGCCGUCCCCGAGCGCACCGACGAUACGAUCAUCUACCAGGCUGCCUCACCAGACGAAGGGGCUCUGGUGAGGGCAGCAGCGAACCUGGGCUUUGUGUUCUCCGGUAGAACCCCAGACAGUGUCAUCAUUCAAGCGCUUGGAGCCGAGGAGAAGUAUGAACUGCUCCAUGUUCUAGAGUUCACCAGUACUAGGAAGAGGAUGUCAGUCAUCAUGCGUACUCCAUCUGGCAAGAUCCGCCUCUACUGCAAAGGAGCUGACACUGUAGUCUAUGACCGUCUGGCCGACAGCUCCAGGUAUAAAGAGAUCACUCUGAAACACCUGGAGCAGUUUGCCACAGAGGGGCUGCGUACUCUGUGCUUUGCUGUGGCUGAGAUUAGUGAGUCAACCUAUCAGCAAUGGUUGGAGGUGUUCCACCGUGCCUCCACCGCCCUGCAGAACCGAGCCCUCAAACUGGAGGAGAGCUAUGAGCUCAUCGAGAAGAACCUGCAGCUCUUAGGGGCCACAGCCAUCGAGGACAAGCUCCAGGACAAGGUGCCUGAGACCAUUGAGACGUUGAUGAAGGCCGACAUCAAGAUCUGGAUCCUGACCGGGGACAAGCAGGAGACUGCCAUCAACAUCGGACACUCCUGCAAACUUCUGACCAAGAACAUGGGCAUGCUGGUGAUCAACGAAGACACACUUGACGCAACCAGGGAGACCCUCAGCCACCACUGUGGAAUGCUGGGAGAUGCCCUUUACAAGGAGAACGAUUUCGCUCUCAUCAUCGACGGAAAUACGCUAAAAUACGCCCUCACGUUUGGAGCACGGCAGUACUUCCUAGACCUUGCCUUGUCCUGUAAAGCCGUGAUAUGCUGCAGGGUGUCUCCGCUGCAGAAGUCUGAGGUGGUGGAGAUGGUGAAGAAGCAGGUGAAGGUGAUCACACUUGCCAUCGGCGACGGCGCCAACGAUGUGGGAAUGAUCCAGACGGCACACGUGGGCGUGGGAAUCUCUGGCAACGAGGGCCUGCAGGCCGCCAACUCCUCCGACUACUCUAUCGCACAGUUCAAAUACUUGAAGAAUCUUUUGCUGGUCCACGGCGCCUGGAAUUACAACCGCGUAUCCAAGUGUAUCCUGUAUUGCUUCUACAAGAACAUUGUCCUGUACAUCAUCGAGAUCUGGUUUGCCUUCGUCAAUGGAUUCUCUGGUCAGAUUCUGUUUGAGCGCUGGUGCAUCGGCCUGUACAAUGUGAUUUUCACUGCUCUGCCUCCUCUCACGCUGGGCAUAUUUGAGCGUUCAUGCAGGAAAGAGAACAUGCUGAAGUACCCGGAACUCUACAAAACCUCCCAGAAUGCCAUGGGCUUCAACACCAAGUCCUACACACAGGAGGAUAUACAAAGUGUGUGUCAGCGGGGUGGCCAUUCAGAGAGGAGGCCCUACAAAACCGCCACUUGGCCAACUGCUGAGCCAGGACAAAGAGCCAAGGUCUUCUGGGCCCAUUGUCUGAAUGGCCUCUUCCACUCGGUCAUCCUCUUCUGGGUCCCCCUCACAGCCUUCCAGCACGAUACGGUCUUUGGCAACGGAAAGACCCCGGACUAUCUCCUCUUAGGCAACAUGGUUUAUACAUUUGUGGUCAUCACCGUGUGCCUUAAAGCUGGCCUGGAGACCUCAUCGUGGACUAUGUUCAGUCACAUUGCCAUCUGGGGCAGUAUCAGCCUGUGGGUGGUGUUCUUCGGUAUCUACUCCUCUCUGUGGCCGCUCAUCUCUCUGGCUCCGGACAUGUCUGGCGAGGCGGACAUGAUGUUCAGUUCGGGAGUCUUCUGGAUGGGCCUGAUAUUCAUCCCUGUCACCUCCCUGGUCUUUGACGUGGCCUACAAAGUUGUGAAGAAGGUGUGCUUUAAAACCCUGGUGGAUGAGGUGCAGGAGCUGGAAGCCUUGUCCAAGGACCCAGGAGCCCUGGUGCAUGGGAAGAGCCUGACGGAGAGGGCACAGCUCCUGAAGAACGUCUUCAAGAAGAGCACUGUCAGUAUGUACCGAUCGGACUCCAUGCAGCAGAAUCUGCUACGUGGGGAAGGGAUCGUUCUUGUGUGACCCCUGUUUGUCUCGUAGUGACUGAAUCAUUUGAGACCUAAAGAUGGCUACGCCUUCUCUCAAGACGAGAACGGAGUGGUGUCCCAGUCGGAGGUCAUCCGGGCGUACGACACCACCAAACAGCGGACCAACGAGUGGUGAAACCACACCCCUCUCUGCCCGGCUGGCCUUUUAAGAGCCACAGCCGUUUUCGACGGUGAUUUGAACCUGACGGGGAAGUCUCCGGAUAACCCCAGUCCGAGCAUCGCAGGAUAUUGGACAUGAUAAAGGAAAAGAAAGAGGGAUGUCUUGUACUUCAAAAAGGGAAAAAAAUAGGAACAAAAAAGUGUUCAAAAAGUAUUCACUGCUGUAGUUGUGUGUCCAGCAGACAUGAGCAUUGUGCUUGCAUUUUUAGCAGUCUGUGGUCUGAAGUUCCUCUGUUCUUGCUCUAUCUAAUGAAGAGGUUUCACUUCUUAAUAUCUCCUCCAUUCCUAUUAAUAGACCCCAAAAAAUAUGUAGUUUGCUCCAAAAUUGUCAAAACUGUUGUGUGUGUACUCUAAUUGGUGACUGAAUAAUCCAGAUUUGAUUUUGACCCCCCCACACCACCCCACCAAAUAUUUUGUUUUGUUUGUAAAUGCAGAUUGCGAAAUAGCAGUUGUAAAUGCAAUCUCUUUCAAGUCGGCUGUAACUUCGAUUAAAAAAAAAAAAAACUCAACCAAGAAUUUUGACACUCCUGAGUCUAUUCCAGCUCUGAAUGGACCACUUCAGAACAGACAUUUUGUUGUUUUGUUGUUAUUUUGCACUUCUACUGUAUAAAAAGGCCUUACAUUUGUUCAUGCCUUCAGCCAUACUUGUUUGUUUUUCUUCUAAAUGUUAUUAUUUUAGAAUGAUGUAGUUAUCGUGCCCAAGUUGAGUCGUUUUUUUAAUGAUAGCCGCUUGCAACUCGUCCAAUUUCCACCAUUUUAUUACAGCACUUUGAUUGCUCUAUACAAGUAAUUGCAUUCCACACAUUACUCGGCUGCAACAAUCACAAUGGUGCCUGACUUUUUCCCUGAUUUAGAAUACGUAAGAUAUCCUAGCUAGCUAGUUUAGAACAGUGCUCUACCCACUAAUUGGCAAGAUGAGCUCAUUGUCCCCCAUAUAUUGCUCCCCAGUACACAAUGUGGUAAAAAGUAAAGUGGUAUAUAUAAAAUCACAGGCUCCAUUGUUGCUUUCUUUCUACCCAGUGUUUUGGGGGUGGCUGUAUGACGAUCUUGUUGAAUUUCCGUAUGCUUACAGUGGCGGCUCUUUCAAAAACGUAUUUUCCCUUCGAAUAGAGAGUUUAUCCUUCUAACAUAAGUGCCAUUAGCUUAAGGGAGAGAGAAAAUUUGCCAGGAAACUCCACACAGUAUCAAAACGACUUUCUCUAUAGUUAUUUUGAGAAUUUGUAUUUUUAUAUUGGAGAAGUACGAAUUUUUGCAUUGACCUGCUUUGUAAUGAAUAAUUGUCCAUGUUUUUCCUUUUUUUCUCUCAGACAAAAAAAAGAAUGCCCAAAUGAAUGCCGAAAAAUAUAUUUCUUAAAUGUCUCGUUGUUAUUAUUGUCAUUAUAGUACCUGCUUUGUUUAUUUAAUAAUUAACUGUGUUUGUUCUCUUCUCCCUAUGGGAGAUCGGUUUCCAUACCGGCUGCGUGUGUAUGUGUGUGCGUUAAUCUGCCAUCUGCAUGUGCAUGUGCGUAUGUGUGUGUGUGUGUAACCUCUUCUACUGUGGGUAACUUCUACAUACGCAUGUCUGUGUCAUUUGUGUGAGACUGGGAGCCCUUAGAACCUCAGGUCUCCUUUUGCAUUCUUUGACUGUGUUUUUGUAUAUGUUUGAGGACAUGUGGGUGACUGACUGUGUGUGUGGUGUCGCUUGCUCCUCUGGUCUGUCUGCAUGACUCCAGGUAUAAUUAUGGUGUACUGUCUGCUGCUGUAUGGCCAGACCUCAGCCCUGGGGGUCCUGGGCUCUGACGCUAAGGCUCUCGCUUGACAGGAGAUGUUGCACAACGCACUCUGUUACCUUUCCAAUAGUGGAUAUUUUGGUAUUAUCUGGUUAUUGGUUUCAGUGUAUUUUCUCUGGGUCUACAUGUUUGUAACUUGUUUAGGUUUUUGUCUCUCAUGCAGUGUACCUCUACUUUACUACAAACCUUUUUGUGUUUCUUCCUGGUUUAAGUGAGGGUAUCCGUAAAGAUCUAUUUGUUACGCUAUACUUUUGUGUUUCGAUUGAUUCGAUGUCAACUGCUGUCACAAUUCCAAAAUGCUGAAUGUGAGUCUUCUGAUGUGGAAGGCUUGGACUGUUGCUUUUUGUCUGUGAAAGUUGUGGGCUGCAUGAAUGGACUAAAACCUUCUCCGGUUAAGUGUUUAUUGUACUACUUUGAUUCUCCCUCAAGUGUGGGUCACUUUACAGAAAAAAAUGCACUUUUCAAUUUGUUUCAAUAUCAUUUAAUGAUUGUUCUGCAUGUUGGGACUGCAAACUUUUAAGUGUUCUGUCUUUUACUGCCAUAAAGGACUACUACUAAAAUAAACUUUUCAAACAUGGGAACCAA